AUGGAAGCAAGAAAUCAAACAAGUGUUUCAGAAUUUUUACUCCUGGGAUUUUCUCAAGACUCAGUGCAUCAGCCCAUUCUAUUUGGGCUAUUCUUGUCCAUGUACCUGGUCACCGUGCUUGGGAACCUACUCAUCAUCCUGGCCAUCACCUCUGAUUCCCACCUCCACACCCCCAUGUACUUCUUCCUCUCCAACUUGUCCUUUGCUGACAUCAGUUUCACCUCCACCACGGUCCCUAAGAUGCUGGUGAACAUCCAAACACAGAGCAAAUCCAUCACCUAUGCAGGCUGCAUCACCCAGAUGUAUUUUUUUAUGGUCUUUGGAGGUAUGGACACUUUCCUCCUUACUGUGAUGGCCUAUGACCGAUUUGUGGCCAUCUGUCACCCCUUGCACUACACAGUCAUCAUGAAUCCACAGCUCUGUGGCCUCCUGGUUCUUGUGUCCUGGUUCAUCAGCUUGUCAUACUCCCUGAUCCAGAGUUUGUUGAUGUUGCGGCUGUCUUUCUGCACCAACUGGGUAAUUCCACACUUUUACUGUGAACUUGCUCAGGCCCUCACCCUUGCCUGUUCAGACACAUUGGUCAAUCAUAUCCUGCAAUACAUGGUGACUGCCCUUCUUGGCAUUGUUCCCUUCUCAGGGAUCCUUUUCUCCUAUACUCGAAUUGCCUCCUCAAUCCUGAGAAUCCCGUCAGCUAAUGGGAAGUAUAAGUAUAAGGCAUUUUCUACCUGUGCGUCUCACCUCUCUGUGGUUUCUUUAUUCUAUGGGACAGGGCUUGGUGUGUAUCUCAGUUCUGAUGUAUCUUCCUGGAGAGGCAUGAUUGCCUCGGUGAUGUACACUGUGGUCACCCCAAUGCUGAACCCCUUCAUCUACAGCCUACGGAACAGGGACAUCAAGAGGGCUCUACAAAAAGUCCUGGGGAGAAUACUCUAUGUUCAGUGA